UUCCCUUUAAAAAGGCUUCCUAAAGAGUUGUGAGUGAACGCUCGUGCCCGCGUGCCGAGGACGCAUACCUGUGCCCUCCUCCCCCCUAGCCCCAGCCCAUGCUCAAGAAGGGGGGAGUGGAGGAGGAGACACACCUUACCUGCCUUGUGUGUGUAUGUGUGUGUCUCUCUCUCUCUCCAAACUGAAAAAUGUCGUCAAAUGAGCGAGCCACGCGCGCGCUGCGGGAGAUCCUGCAGCAACCUGGAAAUGACGCGUGCGCAGACUGCGGCGCGGCCGACCCCAUGUGGGGCUCCUGCUCGCUGGGCGUGUUCAUUUGCUUGGCCUGCUCCGGGAUCCACCGCAACCUCUCCGACAUCAGCAAGGUCAAGUCCCUGAGCCUCUCCCACUGGGAGGACCAGGAGGUGCAGUUCAUGGCUAAGAAUGGAAACACGCUGAUGAGGAGUAAAUAUGAGGCUGCGGUUCCCGUCUAUUACUACAAGCCGACCCACAAAGACUGCCAGACUCUGAGGGAGCAGUGGAUCAGAGCAAAGUACGAGAGGAAGGAGUUCACCGAGCCUGGGAAGAACUUCACAUAUGAGGAAGGAACUAGAGACGGCGUGUUGAUGAAGAGGGGGCGGGACAAUGGGCAGUUCCUCAGCAGGCGAUUCGUCCUCUCGGAGCGCGAAGGGACUCUGAAGUAUUUCACCAAAUAUGACGCUAAGGACCCCAAAGCGGUGCUCAAGGUGGACAGCAUCAACGCCACCUUCCAACCCGACAAGAUCGGGAACCCCAACGGCCUGCAGAUCACCUACCUCAAAGACUACAGCACCCGCAACGUCUUUGUGUACCAUGACAACGGCAAGGAGAUCGUCGACUGGUUCAACGCCAUUCGAGCGGUCCAGCUCCACUACUUAAAGGUGGCCUUUCCCGGGGCUACCGACGCUGAGCUGGUCCCCAAACUUACCCGGAAUUUUCUGAAGGAAGGAUUCAUGGAGAAGACCGGUCCCAGGCACACGGAAGGCUUCAAGAAACGCUGGUUCACUCUGGACCAGAGGCGCCUCAUGUACUUCAAAGACCCGCUGGACGCCUUCGCCAAAGGUGAGGCGUUCCUGGGCAACAAGGACCACGGUUACAGCGCCUCCCCCGGGCUGCCGGCCGGCACCCGUUGGAACGGCUCCUGGCAACAUGGCAUCACCAUAGUCACUCCGGAGCGCAGCUUCCUGUUCACCUGCGAGUCGGAGAGCGACCAGCAGGAUUGGCUGAAACACUUCAAUGAUGUCAUCAACGCCGUGAUGUCCCCUCAGGAGUACACAAUGGAAGCCUUGUUCAAGCACAGGCAUUGAUGGACCAGAGCACCAGCAGGACCCCCUCCCCCACCCCCCCCUCGACUCAGGACGCAUCUCUUCUGCCUCUGAGCACGUUGUUGCCACAGAUACGACCUCCAUCACUGAUGUGCUCAGACCGGAGCUCCUUCCAAGUCCCAAAAAGCCCUCUGAUGAUUGGAUUAGAUACGAGUACAACAGGACGAGGCCAUUUCUCACACUAAAACGACUAGAAACACAUAAAUGUACAGAUAAUCACACAAUUUGGUGACUUUUACUGUGGUGUCCCAGUAUAGACUGAUGUAUUUUUUCAUGGUAAGCGAACAAUAAUGCGGUUGCUGUUGUCUUGGUUUAUUAGAUAAUCAAAGCCUUAGUCCUCUUAAGCAUUUGAUGUGAGCUGGUGAUUGGGUAACACAGUUACAGGAGGUAAAAGGUGAUGGACAGGUACAGAAAGUUAACGGGACAGUAAACGGUUCAUCUUGCUGAGGACAAAUGCUGAUUUAGUAGUUUGAGUAGGUGUGGAAGCUGGGAGCCGCUACGUGGUCGAACAACGCCUCCAUGUGGCGUGGAUUAUAUACUCAGUAGCUACCUUUUCUUAUCUUUUUUAUAUAAAACAAUUAUUGAUACAUUUCUAUGGUAUUUCUUUUUUUUAAUCUUUUCUGAUUGAUUUUUUUAAAGGCACUUCUAUACUUGAGCAUGGCUGACUGACAUGGCGUCUUUUAUUGAUGAGCACCAAUAAAUGUGUUUCCUCUGGAAGUGG